AUGGGAUUCGUGUACUCACUGAUCUGGCAAAGCCCCCGUCAGCGUCUACUACAAUCGUUACGUGGACGCACCUUCACUAUUCCAGAUCUCCCAAGCGCCUUCGCCCACUGGCCUCAGGGUGUUCAUCCAGAGAUGCCCCGUCUCGCUGGUGAGGUUGAUCGAACUAUAAUCAGAUUCUACCACGAACCCAGAAUCUUUCGUAAGAUGAAAGAGGCGGAUGCUGCUUCCUUUGGAGCGAUGUGGUGGCCGUAUGCUUCAUUUGACAGACUCUGCAUUGCAACCUAUCUAUCAAUGUGGCUCUUUGCCUGGGAUGAUGAAACGGACUCAACGGAGAUUUCCCAUCUUGUUCAUCAGACCGACAAGGCAGCUCGCUUCCGCGAGCAGACGAGGGAAUUUAUUCAUGCUUGCCUUUCCUGCGAUAAGGAAGGUCCCUCAGAGCUCCCCGUCGAUGGGCUGAACAACCCCUUCAUUGCGUCUUUCCAGGUAGUCGGCGAGGCCAUAACGCGGUCCUGUAACGAGGAUCAGGUUAACCGAUUUCGCUUGGAACUGGACAAGUACAUUGAUAUGGCAGGUCUCGAGCAGAACAUCCAAAUGACCAACCACCUUCCCACGGUUGAUGAAUAUUGGAACCGUAGAAAGGGGUCGAGUGCAGUCGGGGUUUGCCUUGCCAUUACAGAAUACUGCUAUGCGAUGGAAAUUCCCCCAAAUAUUAUGGGCGGAGCAGACAUGCGUAGGCUAUGGGAUCUAAUCAAUAUCAUCGUCUCUUCAACAAAUGAUAUUUUGUCACUCAAGAAGGAAAUUGCGCAAGGCCAAACCGACUCACUCGUUCCUAUACUGUACCUUCAGUAUGGAUCAUUACAAACGGCCGUUGAUGAGGCCGCAGACAUGAUAUUCUCCUCCGCGAAAGAGUUUGAUCAGCUGGCAGAGAAACUCUUGAGCAGUCAACCAGAAGACGACGCUCAAGACAACUUGCGAAAGUUCAUUGACGGCUGUAGAUACUGCUGUUCAGCCAAUCUAAACUGGAGCCUUCGAUCCAAACGGUUCAAGCUUAACGCCCAGUCUCUCCAAAGCGGUUUUGAAGUCACACUUUCAACCAAUUAA